AUGAAGCUAUUUGGAUCCAAAGCAUUUUCAGUGUUCUUGCUGUCAAAUGCAGUCACAUCAAUUGCUUUCCGACCUGUGUCUUUUGGAAAGCAAGUCAAACAACAGAUUAGCAGUCAGCAGUGCGGAUGGGGAGAUCAAAAGUGUUUGGCUGCACGUGGUGGGAGUACGCUUUCUUCAGCAACAACCACCGUCUUGAACAGCGCAGUCGCGUCGGAAGAAACCGCAGCACCAGUGGAAAUCUUCCGUAAAGACUACGAACCCUUGCCCCAUCUUGUUGAAAAGAUCAAUAUGCUAUUUUCAAUUGAAGAGGGAAAGACAAUUGUCACUACAGAGCUAUUCAUUGAGCCAAAUGAAUCCUACAAUGGGAAAUCUCGUGACUUGACACUUGAUGGCGACGAAACUUGCGUCAAGCUUCUGGCCCUUUCGUUGAAUGGAAAGGAUUUGGAAGAGGGAACGGACUACACACUUGCACCUGGCAAGCUUAUUUUGAAGAAUCCACCUGCUGGAGCCGUCCUAAAGACUGUGGUCGAAAUUGUUCCUGAGGACAACACACAACUUUCUGGAUUGUACAAAGACGGUCCAAUGUAUUGCACACAGUGCGAAGCCAUGGGAUUCCGCAGAAUCACAUACUACCCCGAUCGUCCAGAUAACAUGGCCGUUUUUGAAAAUGUGCGACUGGAAGCCGACAAGGAAGCAUAUCCCGUCCUGUUGGCCAAUGGAAACAUGAUUGAUUCUGGUGACCUUGGUGAUGGACGUCAUUAUGCCACAUGGACAGACCCUUAUCCUAAGCCAAGUUACUUGUUUUGCUGUGUCGUUGGUGAUUUGGGCAAGAUCCAUGAUACCUACACCACAAUGUCUGGUCGAAAGGUCGAUCUCCAAGUCUUUAGCGAAAGCCACAACGUCCAUAAGCUCGAUUAUGCUAUGGAAUCUUUGAAGAAUAGUAUGAAGUGGGACGAAGACAGAUUUGGACUCGAAUAUGAUUUGGACCUCUACAACAUUGUUGCCGUGGACUCGUUCAACAUGGGAGCCAUGGAAAACAAGGGUCUGAACGUUUUCAACACUGCUUACGUCCUUGCCGAUAAGGAUACUGCCACGGAUUCCGACUUUGAACGUGUCGAAGGUGUGAUUGGACACGAGUACUUUCACAAUUGGACAGGCAACCGUGUGACCUGUCGUGAUUGGUUUCAAUUGACUCUGAAGGAGGGUUUGACAGUGUUCCGUGACCAAGAGUUCUCGGGUGACAUGAACUCCAAGGCAGUCAACCGCAUCGAGAAUGUCCGUGGUCUUCGAGCUGGACAGUUCCGCGAAGAUGCCGGCCCAAUGUCUCACCCCAUCCGACCUGAUUCCUACAUUAGCAUGGAUAAUUUCUAUACCGCCACGGUCUAUUCCAAGGGUGCCGAGAUUAUUCGCAUGUACCAAACCUUGCUUUCGGUGGAAGGUUUCCGCAAGGGAAUGGAUCUUUACUUUGAACGACACGACGGAUCAGCUGUUACUUGCGACGACUUUUUGUCGGCAAUGUCGGAUGCUACUGGCGUCGAUUUGAGCCAAUUCGCCCUUUGGUACUCAACCAAUGGAACUCCAGUGGUCACUUACGACACGAAAUAUGAAGAUGGAACAUUUGUAUUGACUUUGACUCAAAAGAGCAACAGUGACAAACCACUUCACAUUCCAAUUUCUGUCGGACUUUUGAACAAGGAGACUGGCGAGGAAGCCGUGGCCACAAAGGUAUUGGACCUGAAGGAGAUGACCCAAGAAUUCAAAUUCGAAGGCCUUAAAGGAGAUGUUGUGCCUUCUAUUCUCCGUGAAUUCUCGGCUCCCGUGAAGUUGUUGCCUGCAUCCGGCGAGGAAGAUGAGGAAGCCUUGGCAUUUUUGGCUGCCCGUGAUACGGAUGGAUUCAACAAGUGGGAGGCUGGACAAAAGUUGUUCACUUCCUUGAUUUUCCAGGCCAAGGACGCUGAAAUGACUGAUAAGACCUACGACUUUGCCAAGGAGGCCUUUGGUCGAACCUUGACUGAUAAGGAAUCCAAGGACUACUCUAUUCUUGCUUACGCCCUCAUCCUUCCAUCCGAGGGAACCCUUGGCGAGCUGGUGGAUGUCGUCGAUCCCAUUGCGAUCCACAAGGCCAGAGGUGCCGUCAAGAAGAGAUUGGCACGGGAAUUUGCCACUGAACUGAAGGAACGAUAUGAUGAGCUAACUGCAGCAAUGGAAGGAUCCGAAUUCAAAGUCGAUGCUGAGUCUAUUGGAAUGCGUCGCCUGCGCAACGUCUGCCUUGAAUACCUCUGCUCCAUUCGCGAAACACCGGAAGAGCAAAAGACUGCAGCCGAACUGGCCAUGUCUCAUUUCAAGAAGGCUUCCGGCAUGACGGACAAGGUUGCCGCACUCGGGGCCUUGGCUUCGAUGGAUGGGGAAGGAGCAAGCGCUCGUGAUGAAGCCUUGGAGACAUUCUAUAAGGAUGCUGAUGGUGAUGCUUUGGUGUUGAACAAGUGGUUUUCACUUCAAGCCAUGGCCGACCUGCCCGAUAUUUUGGAUCGCGUCAAGAAGUUGAAAGAACACCCUGACUUUACUUUGAAGAAUCCCAAUCGUUGCCGAUCAUUGAUUGGUGCUUUUGCUAUGAAUACUGCAUUCCAUGAAGAAAGCGGUGCCGGAUAUGCCUUCUUGCGCGAAAUAUUGGAAGAUCUAGAUCAAUUGAAUCCUCAAAUCUCUAGUCGAAUGGCGGGAUCAUUGAUCCAAUGGAAGAAGUAUGACGAAAAGCGGGGACAAAUAAUGAAGGCUGAACUGCAAAAGUUGGCGGACAUGAAGCCAAUCAGUGACGAUUUGUUUGAGAUUGUCAGCAGAGGUUUGAAGUAA